AAGAAUACUCAGCGACGUUUGCAGGUGACUCUGCUGGCACAGCAACCCAAGACAACCGUGAGGAAUACCCAGCUUUUCGAAGAUAACAAGUGGGAUGUUAAAUCAACGAUGACAACCUCCGCACGAUUUCGACCUCACAACUUGAAAGAAAAGGAAGUGAAACGCGAGAGUCGUUUCGAUGAAAUACCGCCGACUUACACACCUUGGUCUAAGUAUGACGUCAAGGACGCAGCGAACAGUCCCAGGCCCCCUUGUCGUGAAUUGCAACUGGAUGACGUAACAAAGAACCAAAGUUUCUUUGAUAACUCAACCAAAGUGGAACGUCCAUCAGCACUUUUUGAUUUGGAUUCUGCAGCGCAAGCCUUGAGUAAUAUGGCUAAGGUAAUGUACGGUAAAAUGCACCAGAUAAGGAGUAAGGAGUCACACGUUUCAAACUUUUCCCCCUCUACGGCUAACAUAACCAUUCGAUAACUAUGAUUGGCUAACAUAACCAUUCGAUAAAUAUGAUUGGCUAACAUAACCAUUCGAUCACUAUGAUUGGCUCGUUAGUGAGCAUGGACAUGUUUGUGUUCGGUCGAUAGUAACUUUUUUAUGUCGUCGUUGCUGAAGCAAAAUAUUCCUAUACUAUUCUCUGCUUAUACGAAUUUCAUAAAUUUUCAGAGAAAAAAAGAGCGCGUCGAAUAUCAAAGAAGAAUCGACUCCAUCCUACAGAUUGUAAAACGAAAAGGAAAGCGAACGAGAAAAACGAAGAACACGAAUUCGAACGCACGUAGGCCGAUGAACGCGUUUAUGCUUUUUGCAAAACGUUACCGGCUCGAAAUCACGCAAAAACAUCCGGCAAAAGAUAACAGAGCCAUAAGUGUCAUUCUUGGUGAUGAGUGGCGAUCGCUGAGUUCAGAAGCGCGCAAAGUCUACAUCAUGGAGGCUAAAACUUUGGCCGAAGAACACAAGAGAAUUUAUCCGGACUGCUGGAAGCGCAAACGGACUCAAAUGUCCUCAAGAGGCAACAGGAAGCACUAGUUAGGAAAGUUGACGAAAUGUAUGUAUAUAUAAACAGCACAAUACCUACACCAACUAUAGCUAGUAUUUUUGGUUUCUCUAACGAUAAGUUACGCACCUCAUCGUGACUUUAAGGCACACAUAAUGUAAAUAGAUAAAUUUCAACAAAAACGAAUGAAGUUGGACGUGGCUA